AUGGACUCUCCCCAGGACCCACCCCUGGACUCUCCCCUGGACUCUCCUCUGGACUCACCCCUGGACUCUCCCCUGGACUCUCCUCUGGACUCACCCCUGGACUCUCCCCUGGACUCGCCCCUGGACUCUCCCCUGGACUCUCCUCUGGACUCUCCUCUGGACUCUCCCCGGGACCCACCCCUGGACUCUCCCCUGGACUCUCCUCUGGACUCACCCCUGGACUCUCCCCUGGACCCACCCCUGGACUCUCCCCUGGACCCACCCCUGGACUCUCCCCUGGACUCUCCCCUGGACCCACCCCUGGACUCUCCCCUGGACUCUCCUCUGGACUCCCGCCUUAAUUUUUACAGUCUAUGGCCUGGACCUACCCUUGGACUCUCCCCUGGACUCACUCCUGGACUCUCCUCUGGACCCACCCCUGGACCCAACCUUGGACUCACCCCUAGACCCAGCCCUGGACCCUCCCUGGGCCGAUGCCUUAAUAUUCAGUCUAUGGCCUGGACUCACCUCUGUACUCACCCCUGGACUCCCCCCUCCCAUCGAUCAUACACAUUCAUCUGA